UUUUCACACGUUUGUUUGCACACUAUAUAGUUGCCGCACCGUGAAAAUUGAAAAUAUAUUCCUUAUUUCCUCAAUUUCAUCUCUAAUUGUGGUUUUGAGUGCCAAAUUGUUGGUCCUAGUAAACCAUACAAAUACUUUAGUGCCAGUUUCACUUAUAAUUGAUCUAUAUAUUUGUUAAGAGUAAAGUUAUAAGUAAAGAUGGAAUUUUUCGAAAAGGCACAUGUUUCUAAAAAACAAAGUUCCAAAAGAGAUAGUAAAUCAGAAGAGAUGGUAAAGAAGCAACUGAAGCAAAUGCUAGAGGGCUAUAAGAAGAGCGACAAUGAGCUUAUUAAGCAUAGUAGUGUCGCAGUAGAGUCGCACAGGCGCACUGAGGAUUCUGCGUCUGUUAGCGGAUUUUCUGACCUUGAUCUCACAAGCUCCGGGGGCGAGGAAGACCUUUGUCGGCCAAGUACUUCUAAAUCAGUAAAUAUGACAUCCAACACGGACUUCAGUGAUGAUCAGUCUAAACUAUCAGAGUCAAAUCAAGACAGUGACAGUGAAUUUUAUCAGAACUCUGAUAGCAACAACAAAGCUGCAUCUGAUAGUGCGCCAAGCAUUGAAUCUGUAUCAGAAAAUAUAGAGCUAAGUGACUCAAGCGUAGAUAUGUCAUUCUUGGAGGGCUUGCAGGUAACAUCAUCAGAGUCAAACUCUGAUGACAAUGAAAUCUUUGACCCUGAUGGUGCUUUAGCAUCCAAAAUACUUGAUAAAUUAAUCAAGAGGGAAAUCAAAAAACAAGACAAAGGGGGAAUAAAGAGAAAAUCAGAAGAAGACCCACAAAAGAAGAAAUCUCUGAAGGAAGAUAUACAAACCAAAAAAGAUAUCGAAGAUCAAGAUAGUGACAGUAAUGUUGUUACUUUGAAAGAUCUAAACAUUAUGGAUGAUGACGAUGGAGAUGAAAAUAUAUCAGACAGUAAUACAGCACAGAAUACUGCGAGUGCCACUGAAUCAUCUCCAUUUGUUUCAAUAACUGUAAAGGACAUGCCUGAACAGAAGCUCAGUGACAUCGUAGAUGACUACAAGCAUCCUACGGUCAAACAAAUACAAGAUAUUGUCCACUGCGCAAAUUAUACCGAUUUAUUCUCAACGGAUGGUGACAUGGCUGUUGACGACACAGCCAGCUUAAUACCAGAAACAGGAGAUGAAGACGUUGAAGAACUAAAAGAUGAUGAUGAUGAUGCUGAUGAAUCUACAGAAACUGUUUGCAAGGUUUCUAGUAGUGCUGAUGAUGACACCACUCUGGUGACAGAAAUAGACAUGGAAAAUGACCUAGAAGAAGAAGCAGUUAAGCCGAUCAAAGUAUACUCUGGCAGAAAUUGUUACAUUCUUGUACUGAAACAUCCAGCAGAGCUGUAUAUCAACGGCAAACUCAAAGUGAAACCUAUUGGAGGCACAGUUGAAGUUUUUGGGCAUAUUUUGAAGGAAGAGGUAGAUCUUUAUGCCCCAAACAAUAAUUUUGCUCAAUGCUUGAGAACCAUUGAAACUCCAAAUAAUUAUUAUGGAAUGUUCCGGAAGCUGACUUCGGAAGGUUUGUUAGUGCGACAUGCUGAAGAAAUUGUCACCACUUUGGGAUUAUAUGAUGGUAUUAUUAGUCUGUCAAAACUGAAUGAUCUAAAGAUGGAAUUUGUUGAGAACAAUGCCAACAUGGACUUGUUCAGCAAGUGCAAUCAGUCACAUGCCAGUCUCAGGGCCAUUUCAGCUGAACUUGGCUGCAGUUUCAUGCUGAGGCAACCAUGGAGAUACUUUGAAGAAAAUGAAUCUUGGGAUCAGGCGAUUAACUGUGGAUUUGAAAAGAACAGCAGGGGGAUUGUGUGCGGUGGCAAAGGAUUGGGCAAGUCCACUUUCCUGAGAUACUUCAUAAACCGUAUGCUGGCCAACGGACCAGUUUUGGUCAUCGACUUGGACCCAGGACAGCCGGAGUUCACAGUGGCAGGAAAUGUGUCUGUCACUAUAGUUGACAAGCCACUCCUUGGCCCCAAUUAUACACAUUUGAAGAAACCUGAAAUGACGCUGAACAUUGGCAUGAUCAGCACGAUGGACAACGUUGAUCGCUUUGUCUCUGCGAUCAAUAAGCUGUUUAUGCACUGUCUCUCUCACGGGGAAUACAGCUCCAUGCCCUGGAUCAUCAAUACAAUGGGCAUGUGCACACAGAUGGGACUCAAGUUCCUCCUGCUUACUAUCAUGAAGGCACAACCAACCUUCUUGCUGCAAAUAGACAGCAAGGUCGCUAAAAAACGCUUUGACACCCAUCUGAAACCAGAAGCAGUGCGAGAAAUGUUUGGAAACUAUCAACAUGAACGCUUCUUCAGGAAUGUUGAGAUCCCUAAGUUGGAUUAUACUUUCAUCCUAACUAAACAUGUUGAGGGCGCAGAUAAACAUAACACGGCAUGUUCACCGAAGGAACUGAGAUAUUUGAACUUCUUGGCGUACUUCGGUGAACUGAUAAAUAUUCACAAGGGAGCCCUGCUACUGGCGAUAAAGCCGUACGAGCUAAGCUUGUCGGACUUGAACGUAAUAACGAACGUGAAAGUUGCAAAUGAAGCAGUACUGAAGGUGAUCAACGGAAAAAUAGUAGCGCUUUGUCAACUCGGUACAGCUGAUAAGGGGAAAGUGUUUACUCUGGAUGAUAACACAGUGUUAUGCCAUGGAAACGGUUUGGUCCGCGGCGUGGACUUCGAGAGGGAGACGCUGUACAUAUUGACCCCGGCGCUGGUGGAGCACCUGUGCGUGGUGGACACGCUCCUGUACGCGGACUGGGCGCCCGAGCUGCGCGGCCCCGAGCGCCAGCUGCCCGACGGCAUGGCUGUCCCCUACCGCAGCCCCGCUAACUACAUGCAGAAGCAGUUUAUGCAGGCGCCGCGACGUCGGUUCAACCCGCUACAACUACUUAAAAUGUCAAGGAAUACCUAAAUUGAAACUUUCCAUGUUAUUGGUUAAUAAAUUUGUAAUUGGAAUAAAUCCAAAAUAAUAUAUCUUAAAUUAUAUUAAAGGAAAUCUAAUAAUUA